UUCCAUGGCUGGCCGCGCGCUCAUCCCGCCCGCGACCUUCGCCUCCUCCUUCCCUAUCCAUCCACUCUUUCAAAUCGCUCUCCUCCUCCUCCAUUAACGUCUCCGCACCAGCCAUUCCCUGGGGAGCAGUAACGACGCCAAUAACUACUGCUUCCUGGUACGACCGCAGUAUCACAUGCUCGGGAUGAACCAAUUCAAUUCCCCACAACCCAAUUCGAAACCUCUCCUUCUCUUUCGCUCCGCAUCAUCAUCAUCGUCAUCAGAAGAAGAAGAAGAAGCUCCACAACAACAACAACAACAACAACAACAACAACAACAGCAAUCCCGCCCUUUCGUUAUUACACCAUGCUCAGAAUAGGAGACAAGAGGCGGAUGGAAUGAAACGGCUGUUCCCAUCUUAUAUUGCUCUCGCCGAGAACCCCUCCCUCCUCCAUCGCCACCCCCCGACAUUAGUUGUCGUCCUUGUUGCCCUCCUUCUCGUUCCUUUCGCCUUUUGGCAUGGCCUCUUCGGUGGCCAGCAUGCACGCCGCCGACGAGUGGCGCAACCCCGGUCGCCUCGCCGCCGCCGUCUUCGGCGCGGCACACGCUCGCACUUCCUUCUCCCCUGCUCACCUCAGGAAAGUCCUCGUUCGCCAGCCGCAGAGCACCGAUGCACCUUCCUCCUCCUGUUCCACGUCUUCUUCUUCGGUGGCAUCGACUGCUGUUGCCAAUUCCGUCGUAACGAAUGAGGACGACAGGGGAUCGCCGGUGACGGCGAGGAAGCGGCAGUCGCAGAUCCUAGACCGGUGGGCCGCGCGGCAGGCGCGGGAGAUGGUCACCACCAUCGAGCGGCAGGCGCAUGAGGCCGAGAUAUCGGCGUUGACUACCGUCGCGCAGCCCGUCUCCGCCCGCGCCGCCUCGCUGCUCCGCGAGGCGUCCCCCGAGCCCUCCGAGACCUGCUCGGGCAGCGCUCCCGCGUCCACCUCAGGCGCCGGCGACCUGCCGCGCAGCGUCCGGGCCUCAUCGCUGAUACAAAUGUGGCGGGAGCUGGAGGCCGAGGCCGGGCUCACUCCCAAGCACCGCCCGGCGAGCAGCGGUGGCAACGCAGAAAACGCCAAUGCCGCCUUCACCGACGAGCCCUCGGGUGUUAACUCCGAUGGUAUCGAAAACGCCAAUGCCGCCCCAACCGACGAGCCCUCGGCUGUUAACUCCGAUGGUGUCGAGGAUUCGGAUGCAUCUGGUGACUGGGAGUCCGACAUGACAACUACGGCGACCAGCGAGCCAGCGAAUCCGCCUUCUUCAUCGAAUGAGAACGACAAGGGCCGGGUGGGGAGCAUCGUGAAGAUGCUGAGCUCAGGGGACAGAACACGCAGCUCCAUGGCACCGUUGAACCAUGACACCAAGCCGAUGCGGCGAGAGAAUCCGGUGACGACGGAUAAGGCGGACAGUUUUUGCAGCACGGGCUCGUCCAGUUUGAGACUGAGGGGGUUGCGAGGGCGGCGAGAGAUGGAGGAUUUGGUCGCAAGAAUGGAAGAGGAGCGGCGGAAGGAGCUCGCGGCAUUGGCCGACCAUCAAUGUGUCUCGCGGUUUGCGCAUCGCGGCCGCCUUCAGUCAAUGCUCAGGCUCAGGUCUUUGCGACGACAAGUAACAGAGCAGGAUCACCUAAGAGCACCUGCAAGAACGUUGGAAUUGGAUCAAUCACAUAAUGGAGCCACAAUCUCAUUUCUAAGGGAGAGAUUCAACCAAAGAGGGAAUCAUUCUGGCAGCAGAAAGCCAACUCCGGAGAGCUCGAGCAGUGUUCAAAUUCAAUUUGCCAUGGAUACUGAAGACUCAGGCUACACAUGCUCUACCGAUCAGUUGACUAGGGAUAACAAUCAGUAUCAGGGAACUGUGUCUCCAAGAGAUUCAGAAAGCACUCCAACCAGAACCAACUCACCAUGUUCCAGGAGCAAUGAUACACAGGAAGCAAGCCAUAGUAUUGAUGGUUCCUGGGAUGAGCAGAAUGUAUGGAUGAGUAACAUUGAUUGGCAAAGGCCUGCAGACUCAUCACUAUCAAAUGGCUGGCAGGGUGAGGCCACCGUUGAGGAACUAGAAUCAUACCCACAGCAAAAUGCUAGUAGUUGGAUAGAUGAGGGUCCAACUAAUUCAUGGCGGCAAUGGAGGGUGAGGAGGCGACCUCCAUGUCAUGACUUGUUUCAGAAUUUCUCAGACAAUGCUGAAAUAAGGGACCUUCUCGAGAGAAGAAGAGUCUCCACCUCCCUUGAGAGUGAUUUCUGCAAUAAGAUGAAUCAAAUGUUGUUGUCAUUCCUACAGAGACAAGGGAAACAAGGUUUUGAUGAGAAUUUUGCAGAAAAUGAUGAGGAUCACCCUUGUUGGCAACAAAAUGGUGAAUACCAGAACACUGAGCAAGAAGCAUCUGUCUCAUCAUCACUGAUACCUUUACAAUAUCAUACCUUGCACCACCAAGAAAGUUGGCAGCAUAAUUCAUUUGCGCACCAAUCAUCUAAUAAUGUGCCAGAUAUGGAAGCUAUGCAUAAGUUGAGAAGUGAUAUGGCUCAAAUCCAUGAUGAAAUUAGUGAACUGCGGAAAUUGGUCAAGAGUUGCAUGGAGUGGCAAGCCAAAUUACAGCAUUCUAUCAAGCAGGACAUUUUGGAUGCAAUUUUCCAAUCAACUGGAUCAGGGAGUAGCUUGCACAACUUGGGCGCAACAUCAGCAAGGAAAGGCGGCUGCUACAUCUGCAGCGAGAUGCAAGUUGAUUCGGUAUUCUACAGGUGCGGUCAUAUGUGUACCUGUUAUAAGUGUGCCUGUGAGUUACAGUGGAACAGUGGAAAGUGCCCAAUUUGUGGAUCCCCCAUCAUGGAUGUGGUUCGGGCAUUUCCUAAUUCAUGACGAUGAUGAUGGCAUUAGGAUCGUCCCAAGUUUGAGAUCAAAGCAGCGGCAUGAACACUAGCUCUUUUUGCUAGCAGAGUCUGCAUUACCUUCGACUUACCCCGUUGGCUAGUGAGGUUACUCGUGUGAUUACCAGCUAAGAACACCAGAAUCGUAGCUCACAGUUGUAGUCUUUCAUAAUUCUCGAUGAGGGUGUGGUUUAUUGGUUCCCAGCAUUCAUUGUGAUCGAUGGAGACAGAAUGUACAUUAAUAUUGUUCUGAAGAGGAAGUUGUCAUUAAUCCCUA